AUGGGGCUGCAACGUUCCCUCGGACCCCUGGACAAAAGGAAGAAGGUAAAGCGCUGCCAGGCCUGCGCAAGAAGGCGAAUCAAGGUCAGUCAGGAAACGCCCACGUCCACGACAGAAGCUGAUCGAUCUCUGAAGUGCACUGGUGGUAUGCCUUGUGAAUAUUGCACUCGUACCCACAAGGAGUGCCGACCCCAGAGCCAGUUGCCGCUAGCUGCGGUCUUCGUCAGUCAGACCAGCGAGUCGAUCGCCCCGAUGGACUAUGGCACGCUGCAGGUGAGACCAAUGGAUAUGGACAUAGAGAGCCGCUGUCUCGAUUGUUUCAUCAUGUUUGCUGGGCAGAAUCAAUUCACAAGCCAAUUUCAGUCCGUCGGUAUUGACCUGUUGCCGGUCACGCAACGAUCGCCCUCCCUUCGAUAUGCUGCAAUCGCAAUCGGUGCACUGGACGCCAGUCGCCGUGGGUCGGCCAGAUCACACCAGGAAGAAAAAUCACUUCUUACCAUUGCUUUUAAUGCCUACUCCAAGUCGAUCAAUGCGCUUCAGCGCGUUCUCACUACCGGAGAUGUCGCCCUGCAGGACGAUGUGCUUUGGAGUACCUUUCUCUUGGGACUUUUCGAGUUGAUCUCCAACUCGUCGGGUGACGGCUGGGCAAAGCACAUGUUGUAUGGCGCUGGCCGGCUCCUGCAGUUGGCAGGACCGAAUCGACCGGUAUCCUCUCUGCGAUGGAGAUUCUGGGAGCUGUUUAGAGGACUUGAGGCCUUAAGGGCGAUUCUAUACGGAGAACACACCAUGCUCUCCCAGAACAUCUGGGUGACCUUCCAGCAAGAUCUCUCUGCAAGCAAGUCAGGAUCAUGGGACCCGAUGGAGAGCAUCUUAGCCUUGAUGAUCCACACCUCUGAAUUCAGCAAACGGUUUUUUGACCUCCUUGGAGGAGUCUCCGAGUCAUACCGAGCAACCGAUGGCUCGAUUGACGACCUAGGAAUUCAGGGGCUAGAGAUCCAGACCGCGAUUUACGAAUGGCACACCGAAGCUCUGGGCAGGCUAGCAGACUUGGAUGGAGACUCGCAGUUCCAGCUGGCCCUCGCCUACUAUCAUGGUCUCCUUCUAUUCUUGUCCAGUAACUACCGCUACUACCCACAUUGGGACGCUAAACCGGCGCCGGUUUUGUCCCAAGCUGAGGCUGAUGGUCACGUUAACGCGAUUCUGCAUUUGGCCGAACAGAUUUUAGAUACAUCGAACAUUCCUGGCGUCAUGCUAUUUUUUCCGCUACGGGUUGCAGGAUCACAGGCACUGUACGCGCCUCAGCGUUCAAAUAUCUUGGGGCUUUUGGGUCAAGUUCACCGGAAGGGCUUCAUGGUUUCCGACCAAAUCUAUGCUGACCUCGUGGGUCUUUGGGAGUAUCAAAAGUCGAUAUACCACUCGUAA